AUGCCCCGUCCUGGGAAAAACUCUUACAGCGACCAGAAGCCUCCGUACUCCUACAUCUCACUGACCGCCAUGGCCAUCCAAAACUCAUCCGAGAAGAUGCUGCCUCUGAGUGACAUCUACAAGUUCAUCAUGGACCGGUUCCCGUAUUAUCGAGAAAACACCCAGAGGUGGCAGAACUCUCUGCGACACAACCUCUCCUUCAACGACUGCUUCAUUAAGAUCCCGCGGCGGCCCGAUCAGCCCGGGAAAGGCAGCUUCUGGGCUCUGCACCCGGACUGCGGGGACAUGUUUGAAAACGGCAGCUUCCUCAGAAGACGGAAGCGCUUCAAGGUGCUGCGCGCUGAGCACAUGACCUGCAAGAGUUCCCCCAUGAUGCACUACUUCCACCACCACCAUCACCACCCGGCCAGCAAGCUGGCUGCCAACUCCGGCCACCACGAGCACUCGGCCGCGCCGGCGGGCAUGAGUCGCCUCCCUCACUUUCAGGGUUACGGCGGCAUCGCGUGCGCGCAGCCCGGCGCGUUCAAACACCCGUUCGCCAUCGAGAACAUCAUAGGAAGAGACUACAAGGGUGUGGUGGCCAGCGGGCUUCCCCUCACCUCUGUCAUGCACCACCUGGGUUACCCAGUGCCCCAUCAGCUCAGCAGCGUGGUUAACUCGAUGUGGCCGCACGUGGGGAUGUUGUCAGAGUCCAUGAGUGGCGUGCCCGUGCCCGCAGCCUCCUCAGAGUACGCGCCCUUCAGCGUGUCCAAGGGCCUUUACCACAACGCCAACGGGCAGACCCUGCCUGCCGUUCCAGUGCCCAUAAAACCCACCCCAUCCUUGGGUCCAGUUCCUGGUUUGGCUGGGCUGCAGACCGGUCCGGCCCAACUCUGCUCCCCAGCAUCAGUGAUGGAGAAGAGAGAUCUGCUGGAGGGGAAAGGGAACCCUCUCCACCCGGCUCUGCUGCUGUCCUAACCGGGUAAACUGCGGGUUAGUUGAUGAAAA